AUGCUUCCUGCAGGUACAUGCUCUGCAUUAGCAGCAGUUGAGGGUGAACGCCAGCAUGUCUUGCAUACAGACAUUUCCUUGGAACAACUAGAAGAGAUUAUGCUGCCAAAAGCGAUAGAUUACUUCCACAAGAAUGCCAAAGCAACAGUCCACCAAAUGUUUUGGAAGUCUGAACAUGGCACUGCGUACAUUCAGGUGGAGAAAGCAAGCACACUCAGAACAAGCAUGAGAACAUCGGUAACUGUUGGGGGAGCUAGGAAACGAAAGAUGUCGCAGCGACAACAUGAGGAUUUUGGGAGUCAGCCAAAUGUUUUCUCUCAAUUCCUCAACCUGUGGGUUGCACAUGCGCCAUUGCAGCUGCGAGGCUCAAUCCUGGACUGGAUUCAGAAGGAGAAGGAAAGUCAGUUAGCAGCACAGCAGCUGCACCUGAAAUUCUAA